AUGAAGCAUCUUCCCCUCCAUGGCUCCAGCAGCUUCUGGAGGAGUGGAGCUCUUGUGUUGCUUCUCUUCCUCUUCUUGGAGCAGACUUCCGCAUCGUACACUGCCAAAAUCAAACAGAAAGUGGGCAAGUGCCCCAGCAAGCGGUUGCAAUGCGGAAAUAGGGUUCCAAACCCAUGCAUGACAGACUUCAGCUGUGAGGCACAUUUCAAGUGUUGUCCUUUCUCCUGUGGGAAUUUAUGCAUAGAUCCUUAUGAAGAACCCUGCAUGUUACCCUCAGACGCAGGGGACUGCCAUGACUAUCAGACUCGCUGGUAUUUUGACUCUGAGAAGCAUUAUUGCAGACCUUUUACAUACAGUGGAUGUCAUGGGAAUUCCAACAACUUCCUCAGCAAGAUGGACUGCAAGAAUGCCUGCAUGUUAAUUGUGAAGAAGGGACAGUGCCCACUCUUCCCUUUCCAAAUGAGGAUGGAGUGCCCGCCCCCCUGCAAGAACGACAUGGACUGCCUGGAGAAGGAGAAGUGCUGUGAGUCCAGGUGUGGCUUCAUUUGUGCCAGGGCCUGGCUAGUCAAAACAGGUUUCUGCCCAAGUAAGCCCAUGAUGUGCUCGAAGAUCGACAGGCCCAAGUGCUUGAAGGACAAUGACUGUCCCCUGGACGAGAAGUGCUGCUCACGCUGUGGCCUGAAGUGCUUGGAAGCCAAACACUGA